AUGGACGACAAUGUUGAACCCUAUCUCGGUUAUACUCAGCGCACAGUAUGGUCUUACUCAGAAUUUUUAAAACUUAAACGCGAUGUUAUUCUUUCCUCAAGUCUUUCGGACGAUUGGAAAACUCUUGAUGUCAUCUGGGCUCGUAGAUUUUUAAAUGAAGCAAAAGAACUAGACAAAUGCAACUUUACAGCUUUGGAGGAGAAGGUGAAAAAUGAACGUGCAAACACAAGUUUGCAAGAAUACUGGGAAGGGAUCAUAUAUAACCGCGAAAAGAUGACAGCAGAGCGGGCACAUCUCAUUGGAAGUAUGAGUUUAUACGGGGAAGUUGCAAAACACAACUCUAAUAAGUUAAUCGAAGAUAUUCCCAACAAUCCGCUUUUGUUAUUUAAUGAAGGAAAGGAUACCAACUUAGUUCGUAAAUGGAGUAAUGAUGGAAAAAUUACGCCAACUAAACGG